UUUUUGUUUUUUAUUUGUUUUUGGCAUGGACACGGCGGAUUCUCCCACAAAAUCGCAGUCCGGCGAGGACGAGAACUACAUCCUGCUGUGUCAGGCGCACGAGCAGUUCAACAAUGCGGAGUUCGAUCGCUGCCUUGAGGUGCUCCAGGAACUUGAGACGAGGGGCGAGAGCAGUGGUCCAGUGCUGCGCCACAACCGGGCGGUGGUAAACUACCAUAAGGGUGGCUGCACGCAGCACUCUGCUCUCCUAAAGGAAUUGGAAGAGCUCACAGUCGACGCGGAUGUCCCGGGAGAAACAUCCAGCGGACUAACCCUGAAACAUGGUGCCGCCGCCGCCACGGUGGCACGGUACAACAGGGCGGUCAUCUACUAUCACCGCCAUAUGUAUGCGACGGCUCUGGAGAAGCUCGCACCUCUGGUCGCCAGAUUGGAGGCUCUGGAAAAAGCCAUGGCAGCUCUAGUGGCCACGCUUCAGCUGCAACUGCUGCUAGCCACCAAUCAACUAAACCGGGCCGAGGCCUUCCUGGACUACUUGCAGUACAAGCUGAACCUCGUGGCCAGUGCGCCGAGCAGUAGUCCGCCCACGGAGGAAACCUCUCCUGGUUCCACUUCCCCGCCAAGCACUGUGGCUGCUUCGCCCGCAGGUGCCAGCGCCGGAACUGGAGCUAGUGGAAGCUCAGCAGUAGAAGGCAGUUCUUCCGUUCUGGGCGGCAGUCUACAGCUUUUACAGCUACUCACCCUGGUGCUAAACCGAAAACCGGUUGUAAUCCCCGAAGAUGGAACGCCCGAGUACGCGGCAUUAAAGGCGCAGCAGUACUACAUCAUGAAGGACUUCCAAAUGGCAGCGAAGCAGCUGAUGCGCAUCAACAAUGAGUGCACACAGGCCGGAACUGUAACUCGGCAGCUAAGCACCUGUAUUGCUAAUAAUAUGGGGGUGAUCCAUUUAAGAGUGCGUCACUAUGCCAUAGCUGCCAAAUUCUUCCAGAACGCGCUGAACUUUGAUCAGAAGCUGGCACAAAAUCUGCGCCAGAGUACGCUUCAAACCAUGAGCUCAGCGCGCUCCUGUGAAAUCCUCUACAAUCUGGGCGUGGCCAUGCUGCAUUUGCGUCGACCCAAAGAGGCAUUCCAGUGCUUUUUGGUGCCGGUGAAGCAGUUUCACAGUAAUCCACGCCUAUGGCUGCGAAUGGCAGAAGCAUGCAUCAUGGAACACGAGACAAAAUUAGUAGAAGAGGAGCGCAACUCACAGGCGGGAACUGCGGCCGGAUCCUCUAGCAAGCCAUACGAUCCCCAAUCCGCUGGAGUCCCUGAGCCCACUUUAGAGUUUGCCGCCUUGUGCCUGCGGAGUGCUUUAACCCUCACUUUGCAUUACAAAGCCAGUUUCCAUAUCACGGCAGACUCUGCAGAGGACGGGGAGGCACCCGAGCCCAAGGACCCCACUCAGGAAUCGUGGCGGCAGCCGCAGGACAAUAAUUUUUGCAAUCCCUCCAAACCUGUUAGUCUGGAGUCGUUGGAGAACAUGUUAGCAGCCAUCUAUGCGGCACAUAGCUUUGUGUCCCUUCGCCUGGGUGACCAUGUGACUGCUCUGGAAAUGUCCGAUCAGUUACUGGCCUGCGAGCGUCUUUCCGAUGCGCACAAAUUACUGGGACACAUGUAUGCCGGCGAGGCAUUAAUGCUGAUGGACAAGGCACCAGAGGCACGCUUCCAUUUGGAUCCCGCUUUUGUGUCCACUUUAAAUGCAUUCGACCUGGAGACUCGCGAUUGGCAGCUGAAGUCGCUUGACGCCGCCCAGAAUGUGGUGCGAUACAAUCUGGCUGUGGCCAUGGCCCUGCAGAACGACCUGCCACAGGCGAAGUCACUCCUGGCCAGCCUGACGCACUCGUUGGUCAGCGGCAAGGCUAUGGCUCUAAGGCGUUUUAUUGACCUCAAGAUGGGACCUAUUCCAGGCACCGGAGUGGCUCCCAAUUAGACAACAAAUUGUGUAAAUAACUAGGCGGAAUCGAAGUACGAGAGAAUGGAAUGGAGUGUAAAUAUAGAGAAAUCCCUGAGCGACGUAGUCAUCGAAGUGUUUGUUGGUUCUUCAACGAUUGCAGGAUCGCUAUUCAAAAUUUGUUUCUUUGGCAAUUUGUUUUUAAAAUUUGAUUUUAUUUAUUAAAUAGGUCGGCAUUAAUGAAACACAUGGGCAAA